GCUGCCGUCCUGCAUAGUGGCGGCUACGAUUACUGGGGAUAGAGGAAGUAUGGAUCCUGGGGAGGGCAUGAACAACUACUGCCACAACUCAAUCCAAUCAGUCGGCAUAGAUGUUUCUUUCACGGAUCUCCUUAAUAUGGUUGCUAAGGACGCCGAGAUGAGCAAGUACCCCGUUGAUGGGAGCUCCCAAUUGAAUGAAGAAAUGCUGCUGGGAGGUGGAGAAGAUAUUUUAGUAGAAAAGAGCAUUAGCGAUAUUGAAACUAGAACUGGAGCUAACAUGGAAGAUGGGAUUUGGGAUGGAAAUGUGAACUUUAGUAUGGAGAGUUCCCCAUACAGCCAGAAGCCGACUUUAAUAGAAGAUGAAUCAAUCGGAACAAGCUGUUUCGUUGACAGUUCCGUUAACUGUGCAUCUAGUUGCUGCUCCGACGCUAUUUCGAACGCUUCUCUGUCAAGAACUUUUUCCAAUUUCCAGUUGGCCGAAGAUGGUGGAGCUGUGGAUGUUACGUCGCAUGCCAGGGAAUUUCCUGGUGGGCUAAUCAAAGAGUCAAUGAGGAAAUAUUGUGAGGACAAAAAGACACUGAUGUUCCAACCUGAGGUCGGAAUGGAGUUUUCUUCUACGGAGGAAGCAUUCUAGUUCUACAACAUGUACUCAUGGGUUUCAGGCUUCAGCAUCAGAUUAGGUGAUAAACUACACAACAAAGAGCAAGCAGAGGACAAUGCAGGAAUACCUUUGCCAGCGACAGGGUUCUUAUGCAUGAAUAAAGUGGGUGUAAAUGACGAUUUUGUCCCCAGAGCCUGUAUAAAUAGACCUCAACCCCCAGCUCCAUGGAUCAUAAGUUCCAGCUUCCUUCCAACUAAAACUUUCAGGAUGGGUAUCAUUGUUAGAGUUGAGGUUGUGUUGCCUAAGAAAGAGUUGAUUGAGCCAGUUUUUGAGUGUGCUUGUGGUACUCAAUCAGCUAGUAGAAUGUGUAGUACUGGAAUCAAUAAAGGGAGGUUGUUUUAUCGAUGUGGCAAUGGUUGGGUUGAGAACAGCAACAAUGGUGAAGAAGACCCUAGGUGGAAGAAGCAACUCAUGUGUGAUGUCUGGAUUUGGCAAGAUCUCGUAUCUAAGUUUGCAAAACAAGUUUUUGAGAUUAACCAGCUGAAUGAACAGGAGCUGGAGGGAAUCAUACUAGGUGGGGAUGCAUCAAGCUCAAGUGACUAGAUAUAGCUUACUAGGUUUAUUACUACUGCUAUUGUGUUUCUUAAUUUCAAUGUUAGUUAUGUUCUAAGUUGGACCAGUGUAAUGCGAUGGGUAGGAAAUGUGUAUCCAGAAUUAUGUGGCCUAAAAGGCCUGUUGUAAUGUAUCUUUUAUUGCAAUUA